CGGAAAUUAAUUAAUUAAACACGAAGACUCGGAAGUUUUAUUUCAUUUGACUUUGCGAAACCGAUUGUGUAUAACCAACAGCUGUUUACAAAGAACAUGCUCAUUUGCGGAGGGGAUCGCACAGGACAGAUAUGAAAGGCCCCGCUGGAGUGAAAUCGCAGACUUAUAAACUAUGAGGCCGUUGGCGCUGUUAUUGUUUCUGUACUUUGUUGCGGAGGCGAGAGUGCAAACAAGGAGUAUCACUUCCGUUGAACCGCAGGUUGAGUCCCAGGAUGAUGACGUCAUAGGUUUUUAUCAUGAUGAUGACACUUUCGACUUCGCCAUCGAAGACUAUGACGUCACUGGCGAUGAUGACGUCACUGGCGAUGAUGACGUCACAGUUGUGGAUGACGGAAAAAUGAUAUGCCACAGGGAUAUGUGUAAAAUAUGCCACCAUUACCGGAAAAUGAAAGCCUGUGUGGUUGCAAAGGCAACCAGGAGAGGGAUGGGUCUCGGGCUGGUUGUCAACCACCACAUCCUCCUGAAGGAAAGACUGAGAAAUGGUUCGAGACCGGAAGUUCAACCGCUCUGUGGGCGGCUUCAGAAUCCCACAAGACGACAUCGACGCACUCCCGGAACUCCAAAGCUUGUUCAGUGCGUUCAUGCAGGGCUUUGGCAUUUCUGGUGACCGAACAUCCGGUGGUGGCGCCAUUACUGACGACAGGACAAGCGGAAAAGAUGAAACGUUACGGUUCGGGGGAAAAUUAACGAUCAGAUGCGUUAAGAUUGACAGUGUGCUUCAUGCAGAAUGAUUUGGCCACAUUUUUGACUUCUAAUAUGGCUGUCUGACAGAAAUAAAGUGAACGCGACACAUAUUUAAUAAUAACAAAUCAAUGAAUGUUCACUUUGUAUUCAUCCCCAGUAAGUGGAAAAUUUGAAUAAUCUAAAUCCUGAAAUCUAUUUUUGAUUUAUUUAUAAAAAAGAACACGAUAGAUCUUACAACCAGCCUAAAUUAAAUUAAACAGCGUAUAAUUCAUAUUUUAUUAAUACGCAAAGUGGAACCUUUUUCACAACAAAACCAAAUCAUUAAAGUCUACAUUCACCAAAUCAUUGAAGUCUACAUUCACAUUACCUUUAGAGGACCUAUUUCUUUCAGGAUUUUCUUAGUUCGUUUUUUUCCACACAUAGACUGUUUGAACUAUAUAUAAUCGAGGUUUUAGAAAACAUUUAAAUGGAUAAAUACGUAUAAUUAUAAACAAAAUAAUUUAUAGACCGAUAAUACUAUAUUAUAGUGGAAUUUAAUCGCCAGUACAAUUAUGAACAUACGCUCUUAGAUUAUUUUUAUUAUUUAGAUUUUUAAUUUCUAUGUGCAGUAUCCACACUGCAAAACCAAUACUAUUGGGAACUCCUUAACGGAAUAUAUAUAACAACAGUGCAUUUUAGUGUUAAGCGGUAUGCUCGGGCGAUGGUUUACAACCGAAGUCCCGAGGGUAACUUCACGUCGUCGUCGAUAUUCUAACCAAGUUUCAUCAAGAUGUUGUCAUAAAUAUGGCUUCUAUAGUGAUUAUCCGUUUUUAUUAAGAUUUAACAUGCAUACAUAGUUGUAUAGACGCACGUGGCCCACAUCCAAACUCGGUCUAGAAAUUGUUAAGGUAAACAUUCUGACCAAGGUUAAUCAUUAGAAGUGUGGCCUCUAAUGUGUUCACGAGCUAAAAGUCGGCAUCACAAUACGUUCAGAGUACGACGCGCUAUGCAAGACGCACGAAGCAGGACACCAGACAUAGACUGGCCACUUUAUACUAGGUGAGCUACCAGUAUCGCAAAUUGUUCUUUGUGGUGUCAUAUAGGCUAACGUCACAAACUGUUUGUUCGCAAUACCAACGAAGCCGGACACCAGUCAUAAACUGGCCAAAAUAUUUGCUUUGUUUAACAUUUGCACAAGGCCUAUGGAAGAUGGGUAGGGUUUAACUUCCUUCUUUAGUUACAUGUAUAUAUUGUUUACAUUUACGGCCUCAUGUUAUCUGUUUGUUUAUUGUUUGACUGUUCACAAGUAACCUACAUGCUCAUGCUAGUUGUUAAUAAUACGAUUGAUGGUGACCGUCCUCUAAUUGUAUAAUAUUAUUUAAAAUAUGUAAUUUACAAUAGGAUUGUUUUGAUUGCAUAGCCCAUUCUCAUUGCGGUUAAUUAUCAUUGUUUACAAUAAAUAUGUUUGUUUUUAUGUGGAAAAGGCACUAAACCUAGAAAUGCCGACAAAUUCAAAUAAAAGUAAACGAUCAUGAAA